UGGGCUUGGUAUCCCACGAAGAGGCUGGUGCGCUUUCCACUUGUCGGCUUCCAAAGCUUGCCUUCCCGGAGGCCCGUCUCUAUGGCAACCGGACGCGGUUGGAUUCUGAAGCAGCAUAGCUUAGGCUUCCAGCGAUCGUCGGUUGUCGCCGUGACUGGGCGGGGAAUUGGCGCCUCAUCGCCGCCUCUCUUUAUCCUCCCCGCCGGAGAUAGUUCCCUGGCGGUCAGCUCUUCAGCGGGAGAUGGUGCUGAGUCAGAAUAUUCAUCAAUAAUGCAGCUUUCUAAAAUGAAAGAGAUACGCAGUUGGCAAUUUAGGAAGCCAAAUAAAUCAAAAUCUGUAAUACAUUUUGACAGCAUACCAUCAGAAAUACUUCUGAAAAUAUUUUCCUACUUAGAUGUUGCAUCUCUAUUGUGUAUCGGCUGUGUGAACAAGCUUUUUUAUGAUCUGUCCAAUGACAAUGUUGUCUGGUUCAAAAUAUACUCUAAGUCUUUUCUACCUAAAAGAAAAGUAUGGAAAACUACAUCUGUCCAGGAUAAAGACUGCACAUCUCUGAGCUUUCCGGAAUUGCAAGAUUCCAAGUCAAGAUGCUGGAAAAGAGAGUAUUUUAUGAAAAAAAUAGCUGCUCAAAGAUCCAGUGUAAUUCAGCUUCUUAAGCCAAUAAACACAUAUACUGGUCUUCCACUUAAAACCAAAGAAGCUAUCAAAACCUCCGCUCUGAGAUGGGUAAUCUUAUUAAAGGAUCAAAAUGGAAAGGAACAUGAAAUGGAUCAGGCUGACAUUUCUUUUAAUGAAACAUCUGUUACUGUAUAUUGGUAUAAUAAUGAAUGGCCUCCCUUAGAUACCUUGUCAACUUUACACUUAUUUGGAGUGAUCCCAGUACUUUUGGGCGAGGUGCAUAAUAGUAAUGGCCCAUGGCAACGUUCUUUAGUUUCUGAAUACAAGUUGGCAAACAUGACUAAAAAUGCAAAAAUGAUUGGUUGUGAUGCACUUGUUGAACUCUACCAUUUUGAUCAAGGAUUCAUGCUGGGUCUUUGGAAGAAAGAUGAGAUUGCUUUUGUUAUGGCAAGUCUUCAUUACCACCAGCUCAUUGAAAGAAGCACUUUUGGUUCUGCUACACUGAGACAUUAUGGAGCCUCUAUUAAGGCUGUCCCAGAUGAUAUUGACCCUGAAUAUGGCCUGCAUGGCUAUCAGCUGCAUAUUGACUUACAGAGUAGAGGAAAUAAUUAUAUAUGUAGUACAUUUCGCAGUUUGUUUUGUAAAAAAGAAUACAUUAGAAAUGGGUAUCUCAGGCUUUCAGUAAUCAGUUACAAAAAGGAAGCUCAACAUCUUCCUCUUGAUGGAAACAUUGGAUUGUCUUGGAGGACAGAUGCAUUUGAAGGCAUUAUUAAGAGUUGUUUCAUUAUGGAUCUGACUCUUCUGGAUGAUUCACAAAAACCAUUUUGGUGUAUUAGUGUUCCAGUGGAGAUGAAAUUAUCAGUCAAAACAUCUACUCUGUAUAAUUCUCUGGGACCUUGUUAUUGUAUUAAUUACAAGGAUUCAACUGGAAAAGUGUACAUGGAACUAAUAUGGAUGGAAGAAACAAAUGAAUACCUUAUAGUCAAUCUAGUCAUUUAUUUGAGCACCCAGAAAGUUAAUAGUCGUUUUGGCACAAAUUACUGAUUUUUUUUUUAAUAGUACUGAUUUUCUUAAGAAUAAUGCUUUUUAAAAUUACUUUUCUCCCUAAAAUAUGUGUUAUAAAUGCCCGUUGUACAGAAAAAAAUGCUUUCCUUGGUUGUGUUUGACUAAAAAAAGAAAGCUUAUUAUGGGGAUAGUCUUAUAGUUUGAUUAUUUAUAUUUGUAAAAUAAAUCGUAUUCUCUCUGAGUUAUUGUUUGAGAAAAUUCCACAUUGCAUUAAAAACAUUACACACGUUAGGGAAAUUUUCUAGAUUUUGAAGUCAUAUGACGGGAAUUAAUAUGACUGUGUUUAUAUAAACCAAGUGUGCCUGUAUGUAUGCUGUAUAUAGGGAUUUAUUCAUUUAUAGUUUAAAAUUGCUGGAUAAAAUAGCCAAUACCAAUUCUUCUAUUUGUUGUUAUAGCACACAAUUUAUCAAAUG